AUGUACAAAGAAGACGUCGACCUGCCGUUGAUACUCGUCAUGCUUCUCAUUUUCUUUAUAUCCUGGGUAAUCUUCAAGAGCUCAUUGAACGGAGCGGAGUUGGCCACACAAUCACCUCUUCUGUUCAAGAAACCAUCCGAAAGUAUGGAACGCAAGAAAAUAUCCACUUUCCUUGUCUUAGAUGUCGAAGGCACUUGCGUCCCAUCAAUUGGAUUUGACUGGCCAAAUGAGAUUAUUGAAUGGCCAGUGGUCCUCCUUCGAUGGGACGAAUCUAGCAAGAGCGAUGGGUGCCAGCGACUUACUAUAGUAGACGAAUUUCACUCGUUCGUCCGACCAACAUUUCAGCCCAAACUACACCCAUUCUGCACCGAGCUGACUGGAAUCACACAGGAGCAAGUCAAUAGCGCACCAACCUUUCCGGAGGUCCUGUCCUCAUGCAAAGCGUUCUUGAUCAAAAACGGCGUGAUUGAUUCGGAGGGGAAUCCGUUACAAACGUACAUAUGGUGCACAGAAGACGGCCCAUGGGAUCUACGGGACUUUUUCACCAAGCAAGCUUAUAUUUCAGGCAUACAGCGUCCCUCUUGGAUUCCUUACAAGAUUCUUGACGUGAGAAAGACCUUCGGAGAGUGGUAUACGCAGAGGUAUCUACGUAGAUUCACCAAAAACUCUAGGCAUAAUGGAAGCUUCUCAAUCAAUCACUCUUACAAGCUUAGCAAGCAACUGGAGUUGCUGAAUCUGACUUUUGAAGGGCGCGAGCACUCUGGUAUCGAUGACUCAAGGAACAUUGCUCGUGUACUCAUUGAGUUGUCCGCCCGUGGCGAGCCCCUGGAUGCCGCCAACCUGGACACUCGUCCGAUCCGAAAAUACAGCUGGAUGGGCCCAAAUGGAUCCAUAACAGCGAACUUCUAA